UAUGCCUAUACCUCCACCUCCUCUCUGCAGAAUAGAGGGUGCAACAAAUGUUUAAGAUGCACUAAUCUUAAAGUAUGGUGGGGUAAUUUUCAUGCAACAACAGAUGAUAUUUUAUCUAGAUCAAAUCAUCAUGGGUGCCGCAGACCUGAGAUAGAUGGGGAAGACCCUACAAAAGUGAAGCGGAAAGGGUGUCUAAAUGCACAAGGCCAAUGUAAGGCACGCUUUCCACGUGAGAUUGUAGAGGAGACAAUGGUUGAUCCGCUGAGCGGUGCAUUGAAAAUAAAGAAGGGUGAAAUGUGGCUCAAUACAUUCACACCUGAGCUAACAUAUCUUCUUCGCUGCAACACAGAUACUACUAGCUUGAUGUCAAGUACAGCAAUAAAGGCGGUUGUUGGAUAUAUCACUGAAUAUGUAACAAAAACUGGCUUAAAUUCAUAUACAGCUUUUGAUGCUGUUCGUCAAGUGUUUAACAGAAACUCUGAAAUGAUUGGAGGUAAUGAUGACAGGCAAAAUACUGCUCGUUGA